AUGCAGCGAGACGCGAACGGGUUCACCCUUGCCCUCACCGGCCGCACGCCAGAGACGCCGGAGACGGGGCUGCGCGCGUGGGUGCGCGGCGCGGCGCAGCGGGUCGGGGAGAGGGUGGGUGUGGAGGCGGGCAGCGGUGCGGUGAGCGGCGGAGAGGCCGCCGCCUCCUCCGACGAGAGGAAGGCGGACGGUCUCGCCGCGGCCGCUGCCGGCAUGAGCGCCGGCGGUGCGGGAGAGGGCGGUGCGGGCGAGGGUGCGGGCGGCGAUGAGGCAGGCAGCUCCGAGCCGGCGCUGUGCCACUCCACCUCACGGCAUCGAGACAGCUCCAAGUUUGAGGGCGACGAGUACUACAAGCUCUGCAUCCCCCUCCCGGGCGUGUCGACCCUCGUGCACGAGCAGCCCGCCUCGAUGAUCUCGGAGAAGCAGUAUACCUUCAAGUCGUCAGGCCACGACGUGGACGUCGAGUGGCCAUCGCCGGUCGACGAGACGCGCGCGCACGCCCGCUUCGUGCGGUCGCGCUCGGAGCUGCAGGUGUUCGCGCCGCUCGCUGCUGAGUGA